UUUUUUUCUUUUUGUCUUUUUUUUGGGUCAGAAUACCAUAGGAAUCAAAGGUCAGUCUGACCUUUCAACAACCCCAACCUGAGCAUGAGCAUCCCAGAAGACUAAGCUCGGGAUCAAGAUCUUCAUAGAGAGAUAGGGAGAAACCCAGUAAAGAGAGAAAGUUAAAGAACAGAGAAAUUCAACAUGGGGUUUUUCACGUACACCAUGGCAGGUAGUGGAUUUAUUCUGAUCGGCGCAUGGGAAGCUCUCACCUCCUCAAAUUCGCUUCGAUCUUCACCUCUCACGUCUAUUCAUGCGCCACCACAGGCUUCAUCGUCGAGAACCAAGAAGAACCCAUCUUCCUCAUGUUUGACCUUCAUCUCCAUCUCUGUCUUCUCCUUGUUGCUCAUCUUGAACUCUAUUGUCUCCUUCGUUGACGCGCUCAAUUCCAGUGACAAAGUCGGCUCGGCCCUCCAACUACAAGUACUCGCUAUUGGGCCGCUCUUUUUGCUGUGUUCCGUUACGGGUUUGUUGGCAAAUUUCACGAAUUCAAUUCCUCUGCCUCAUUCGAUGCUUAGUUUGAUUGGUCUUUUCGCUUUCGUGGAAGAGUUUCUGUUGUUUUACUUGCAGAGAAAAAACACAAGUGGGAUUGAAAACCGGUACUUUGAUCUGUUGCUUGUACCUAUAACUGUUUGUUUAUUUUCUACAAUGAUGGAAUUGAAAUCCCCAAAGUCAAAUUACCCAAAAUUGGCUCGUGGGGUUGGCUUAAUUCUACAGGGGACAUGGUUUGUGCAAAUGGGUCUCUCUUUUUACACCCAUUUGAUCACUAGUGGGUGCUCUUUGCAUGAAAAGAGUAGAGGGAAUUAUACAAUUAGGUGCAAGGGACACGCCGAUUAUCACCGGGCAAGAGCGAUCGCCACACUUCAGUUCAAUUGCCAUCUCGCUCUUCUUGUGGUUUUGAUUAUGGGGGCAUACUCGGUUAUUGUGAAGAAAUAUGGAGUUCCUCGUGACUUUACACAGUAUAGGCCGCUUGGUGCAGAAAUGCAGCAAUUUGAGAAUACACAAUUUACUUUGGAUUCUGAUGAUGAUGUUGGUGAAGAAAUUAAGGAAGAGGACAAUGUGGGAAAGCAGAAGGUGGGUGUAGUGGAAUCGGGAAUGAAUGGUUAUGGCACUCAUUAGUGAGGUAAAUCUAGUCGAAUUUUGAGCUGGUGAAUGUAAUGUUUCAAUUUCUCACUAUUUUUUUAUUUUGUAGUUUGUGCGGACAAUGUGAUUCACUUUUGUGUAAAUGAAUUGAGAUGGCGCUUUUACUGGUUUUCAGUGUUGUAGUUUUGGUAUAGCUCUAUGUGCUUGAGUUUCUUGUAAUGAAAUCCAAAACAUCAAGCCAUUUUCUCCUUUGAUGUGAGAUUUGGAUACUA